AUGUCGAUGCAUAAUAGCGUCUAUUCUAGCGGGCAGUUUAUGAAUCCUGGCCCAGCUCCGCGACCGCCAACAGAUAAACCCCGUCUCGGCCUGAUGCCGAACGUGAGCCUCACAAACAGCAUGUCAAGCAUGACCAUCGCCUCCCCGGUCUCAAGCACCUACAGCGGGUCGACCAUCGCUCUCCCCAUUUCUCGCCAAGGAUCUAACAACUUCGAUGGCGCUGGGGGGGUUGCGAUCAUCAAGCAGGGCUAUGUCGGCCUGCCGAGCAAGAACCCAUUUCAGCAAUGGAAGAGCAGAUACCUCAUCCUCCGCCAGGACAUUCUCGACUUCCACAAGAAUGAAAAUGGCAAACUGCUGUACAAGAUCCAACUUGCGGACGUGGUAAGCGUCGAUCGGGUUCCUGACGAUAACGGCGACCCUGUUUUCGAGAUUCGGCGAAACAUGACGAACUCGUACGCUGGCCCACCUGGCGACGACGACAACGGUGUGAGAUCUUUACGCAUUUGCGUCAAGACCGACGAUGAGCUGUACGAGUGGAUUGACUGCAUCUAUGCCCGCUGCCCAGGUGGGGUUAGUAACCCCUCGAACUUUUCUCACGCCGUCCACGUCGGCUUCAACCCGCAAACAGGUCAGUUCACUGGACUGCCGGAGGAGUGGACGAGACUUCUCAACUCCUCGGCCAUCACCAAGGAGGAUGUCGAGAAGAACCCCCAGGCUGUUUUCGAGGUUCUCGACUUUUACUCGGAUAUGACGAAGCGCGCCGAGACCCAAAAUCCCGAUCCAUAUGGCGGGAGUCCUGUCCCCAACGCUUCGCCAAGCACCCAAAGCGACCAGUUCGGCUAUCCCGCCGGCAACUCGGUCGCGCCUCCGCGGCAACCAAAGCCCAUUCAGCGCAGUCCUGGCUCUUAUUCCACGACCCCGUCACCCCAGUCGUUCCCAUCACCCACCCCGCGCCCGACAGAUCAGCAGAUUCAGCAGCUACAGGGCGUUUCACCCAACUACAUCUCCGCCGACCGGAUGCGGGAAGAACAACGCGCCCGUGACCAGGAGCGCCAACGCGCAGAGCGGGAGGAACAAGCUCGCCGGGAGCUGGAGGCUUAUAAUGCGUCCCUUCCCAAGACAAAGGUUCCCCUUGCCCAGCAAGAAAUUGGCGGCGGCUACUCGAGCCCCUCUCAGCCGGACCGAUACAAUCCGACCAGGGCAGCACCCAAGGCGCCGCCAGCUCAAUCCCUCAGAGCCCAGCGGCCUGCGCCCGCGCCACCAGGAAGCUCGUCCACCCCGUCUCGUCCUCCGAUUUCACAACAAAACAGCUCCGCCUCGGUCCGUGACCCCACAGCCCAGGCGCAGAGAACCCCUCGGCCAGACCAGGGCGGCGCCCCAGCCGCUGCUCGCUACCCCAACGGAGCGCAAGCACGCGGUCCCAAUGGCCAACCCCAAGUGCAGCAGCCAUCUCGCCUUCCGGCUCCGGUGAAGCCCCUGAAUGUAUCGAAGCCGGGCGCGACCAAUGACAGCGUCAAGGCUGCGGAAGCCGCGCUGACCGCUAAGCCUUCUCCCUCGGAACGCAAGCAGGAUGUGCGCAUGUCGACCAUGUCAGAAGGCGAAGUGAUGGCCAAGCUGAGGGAGGUUGUUUCUAAGGACGACCCCAACCGGCUGUAUGCCAAACAGAAGAAGAUUGGCCAAGGCGCGUCUGGAUCCGUUUACGUCGCCAAGGUCAUGGGUACGAGGCCGGGUGCGCCGGUCAAUCCCAAGAUCCGGCUUGGAACCGACCGUGUCGCCAUCAAGCAGAUGGAUCUUGCGCAUCAACCUCGCAAGGAACUGAUCGUUAACGAGAUUUUGGUGAUGCGGGAGAACAUGCACCCCAACAUUGUCAAUUUCCUCGACGCCUUCCUGAUGGACAACGACAAGGAGCUCUGGUUGGUUCUGGAGUACAUGGAAGGUGGUGCUCUGACAGACGUCAUCGACAACAACCCCGUAAUCACGGAGGAGCAGAUCUCGACGAUUUGCCUUGAGACAUGCCAAGGCCUCGAGCAUUUGCACUCGCAGAACAUUAUCCACCGUGACAUCAAGAGUGACAACGUUCUCCUUGAUGCUCGUGGUAACGUCAAGAUCACGGAUUUCGGGUUCUGCGCUAAGCUCACCGAAACUAAGUCGAAGCGCGCUACCAUGGUCGGAACGCCGUACUGGAUGGCGCCCGAAGUGGUGAAGCAAAAGGAGUACGGCCCGAAGGUGGACAUUUGGUCGCUCGGCAUCAUGGCGAUCGAGAUGAUCGAAUCCGAGCCGCCCUACCUGAACGAGGAGCCGCUCAAGGCGCUUUACCUGAUCGCAACCAACGGUACCCCCCGCCUCAAGAAGCCCGAGAAGCUGAGCAAGGAGCUCAAGGCGUUCCUGUCGGUCUGCCUGUGCGUCGACGUUAAGAGCCGCGCCUCGGCUCAGGAACUGCUUAACCAUGACUUCUUGAAGCACGGCUGCCCCCAGGCCAGCUUGGCGGAUCUCUUGGCGUUCAAGAGGGUAGCAAAAUAG